AUGUCCCAAUUAGCAGCCACUAAUGGAGAAAUUGAAAUGAAGAAAUGGAUGAACGGAAUAAUAGAAAACGUCAAUCUGGCUUCUGAGGGAUCAGGGUUGGAGAGGCAGAAGUAUCGUUCAUCGAUCUACAAGGUCCCACCACACGUUUUGAAUCUCGAUAAGGCGGCAUACAUCCCUCAAGUGGUCUCAUUCGGCCCUUACCAAUCCGGCAAUCCACAGUUGAAGUCGAUGGAGGUUCACAAGGAACGUGCCCUAGUACACUUUCUUCGUAGCUUGGAAGGCCGACAAACCCUAGACGGUAUUUAUCACUCGUUACUUGAUUGCGUUGACGAGCUCAAAGACUCUUAUGAUUCCCUCAGCCCCGAGUGGCGUCAAGACACCAAUAGGUUCUUGCAGUUGAUGAUCGUUGAUGGCUGCUUCAUGUUGGAAAUCCUCAAUGCUAAUUCCACCAUGAAAAAGAAGAAACGUUAUAGUGAGAAAGAUCCAGUGUUUGGAGCUCACGGUAAGAUCUAUGUUAUACCCUUCAUCAAGACCGACAUGCUGAUGAUCGAGAAUCAAUUAAAAAAUGCUUGUUCUUACCAAGAUCGCCGAAGCGAAAACACAAAAUCCAGUUGCUUUUCAAGAUUUAGAAUCAUUGAUAUUUUUAAUAAGAAAGAGGAUAAUUCAGAUGUGGAUUCCUCGAAAAUCAUGAGAUCCGCGGUGGAGCUUCAAGAAGCCGGGAUUCAAUUCAAGAAAAGUAAAACGAAAAGCCUAACGGAUAUUUCCUUCUCCGGUGACAUCCUACGGCUGCCGCAGUUCACGGUGGACGACACAACUAAAUCAACUUAUUUAAACCUAGUGGCAUUCGAGAGAUGCCACGUGGACGCCGGACAUGAGGUGACGGCGUUCAUUUGUUUCAUGGAUAGGAUAAUCGACAGAGAUCCAGAUAUCCAUAUUCUUAGCGAUUCUAAUAUCAUUUGUAAUCUCACCGGGAGUGAUAAAGAGGCUGCGAUAAUGUUCAAUACCAUUACUCAGGAUUUCAAUCAUCUCACGGUGGAUGAACCCGGACCAUUGAAAACGGAAGUGGUAAAAUACUGCAGAAAUGGAUACCACCGACAACGUGCAAACUUGGUUCACACCUAUUUUCAAAGUCCAUGGUCCACGAUCUCUCUUUUUGCAGCUAUUUUCCCUCACCAUUCUUCAAAAUUUUUUGAUCAGUUUCAGGUUUAUUCGUGA